AUGAGGCUAUAUCGCGAAAUAGUCUCUUCCCUUCAACAAGCGUUAGAUUUACUUACGGGUCUCCGGAAAAUCCGCGAGAACAUACCACGGAAGGAGACGGUAGCAUCCGUGUUCAAAGAGCGACGUGAAUUCGUGUCAUGUGUUUGCAUCUCCCUAUUUGCUUGUGAGCAUGCUUUCCGGGCUCGUCAGCCUCUUCCGCAAUUCCUGCCGUCAGCCAGACAUGCCCUGCAAACCUUGACUGCGCACGUGGAUGAAUGCAUCAGGCAGACACGGCAAGACGAUCCGCAUUCUAUGGGAUUCUCUCUGGUCUACGCUUUUGCUGAGACGGAAGUGCUUAAGGACAUGGUCGAUACCAUCGAGGAGCUUCUCUCGUUAACCCGUAAAGCGUUUGGCUCCUCGACUUGGUUAACGUAUGUCCCUCAAGGAUAUCGAUCGCACGUUAGCGUACACGAAGAAGGAUCGCAUGGUUGGUAUAGCACGUUCUAG